UCCAUGCAUGACGGUAUGACGGUAAGUAAACAUGUUCGACACAAACUUUAAAGUUUUUAGCACGCUUCUAGUAAUGGCAAAGUAACCUCAAGUGUCACUUAGAAGAAGCCUCUGACUGGCAUUACGUGUAAAACACCCCAAUUAUUAUUAAUAUUAAUAUAAAUAAUUGGAGAAGAACCUCAAGAAGCAAGACAUUAGACCCCACGCCCACAGAAAAACGAACAACGCACUCAGAAAACGGACAGCACACAGUUUACUCCUCAUGAAGGAAGAGGCAAGAAAUCCUCGUGCCUUUGAGUCAUCACGUUCCAGUCCGUCGGAUUCACAACCUGAAGAAAUGCAGCUCUCCCCAGAGUUCCGUGGCCAGCUCCUGAGAAUAAAAUCGGAACCACCUGACGAUGCAUGUCUACCAGAAGAGGCCCAGAUACAGCAACAGCACUACAUAGAGCCUCCAUCAGGAGGUGAUGCUGAUAGAUCGACGGAUGGGAUGUGUCCCGUUAAAGAAGAACCUCGAGAGGACUCUUCAAAUGAAGAUCCAAGCAUAGAAGUCAGAACAGAGCCUUACAGUGUUGCGAUAUUGGCAGAGCAGGAACAAAUGGGAUUCAGCUGCCACUCAGCAUCAGAAGGAGAAACAGCCUGGAAGUGUAACCUUAAAGAAGAACCUCAAGAGGACUCUUUCAAUGAAGAUCCAAUCAUAGAAGUGAAAACAGAGCCUUACAAUGUUCCAGUCUUGGCUGGACAGGACCAGAUGGGACACAGUCGUCACUCAGCAUCAGAAGGAGCAAGAGAAACCUGUGGUAUGCUCCAUGUGAAGGAGCAUCACAGAGGCACUUGUGUUCAAGCAUCUUCAAGUUGCACUUUUUCAAAUGUACAGCUAGGUAUCAGCACAGGAACAGUUGUACCGCGAUUCAACAACACUGAACUACACACUAUGGACCUAGUUCACGUACAGCUACCUGGGCAGCAGCAGUUACACAAGCGGACACAUGCAGGAGAGAAGCUAUACAAGUGUGAUUUCUGCCCUGCGGAGUUCAAGCAGAGCAGUGACCUGCACUGUCAUAAGUGGACACACACCGGUCAGAAGCCAUACAAGUGUGAUGUCUGCCCUGCGGAGUUCGUCUGGAGUGGUUAUCUACGGGAUCACAAGCAGACACACACGGGCAAAAAGCUAUACAAGUGUGACCUCUGUCCUGCAGUGUGCAUUCAGCGCAGUGACCUGAAGUGUCAUAAGAGGACACACACCGGUGAGAAGCCAUACAAGUGCGAUGUGUGUCCUGGAGAGUACACCCAGAGCGGUGUCCUGCAUCGUCAUAAGAGAACACACACGGGUGAGAAGCCAUACAAGUGCGAUCUGUGUCCUGCAGAGUACUCCCAGAGCAGUGACCUGCGGCGUCAUAAAAAGACACACACCGGUGAGAACCCAUAAAGUGUGAUGUCUACACUGCGGAGUUCAGCUGGAGUGGGCAUCUACAGGAUCACAAGCGGAUACACACGGUGAGAAGCCAUACAAGUGUGAUGUGUGCCAUGCGAGGUUCAACAAGAGCGGGUGCCUAUGGGAUCACAAGCAGAAACGCAGAGGUGGGAAGCCGUACAAGUGUGAUCCCUGUCACGCAGAGUACAUCCAGAGCACGGACCUGCAACGUUACAGGAGGACACACGCCGGCGACAGCCAUACAAGUGCGACGUCUGCCCUGCCAGCUGCCGACAGAGCAUGAGGAUAGUUCAGCCCAAGCUUAAACCUGUGACGUCACAGUCACGAGGCACCUGUGAAACAAACAGUGCAAAUGCAGAGGUCAUGUACGCAUACACAAGAAAGAAGGCGUCAGAGUGUCAGGUGUCAGAGAGCAGUAAUUAGACUAGUGGACUGCAGAGUGAAUAUCCCUGUCCACCAUGGUGUGUUUGAGUUGACCAUAAGUUUCAGCUAAUGUGACGUUUGACUGAAAGAGCAUUCACUGUAUAACGCUCGAAAUGAGGUAUUGAUUUUGAACUUACACGUUAGUUACACCUCAGUCAUAGCUAUUGCAUAUCUCUGACAUUAGUACUUUUCUGGAACUGUUACUUACUUGUACUACAGUAAACCCCCGAUAACUCGAAGUUGUAAAAACUGGAAAAAAUUUCGAGAUAAGCGGGGUUUCGAGUUAAGCGAACAGCGAAAAUUACGUUGCCACGAUGUUACCACAAUGCGCUAUGUUAUGAAACGUAAAAAAAAAAGUGUUCCUACAGUAAUAGGGCUCGUAAACAAUUCCGAAGCCAUUUAUUUUUUAACAUCAUCUGAGACUGAAUAACUCCGUAAUAGCAAUCUGCUUGGCAUUCGCGUCUGUGAACAAGAAAGCAUCUUCAAGCACUUGAAUGCAACGCAUGAGACGCUCCUCCCGGCACGUCACUAGCGCGGGCACCCUCGACGAUUUCUGUAUCACUCAGUUCACCGCUACUGGAACAUCGCCGUCGUAAAGCGCAUAGUCCUCGAUGUUCAAGUCCUCUAAGUCACUCUCCCCAAAACAUGCGAGGCGUAUCACGUCGUUGUAUAAUUCAUCACAGCCACUGAACUAGUCUGCUGGCUCCGCGGUACGGCGGUGGAAGACCAGAAACCCGCAUGAAUGAAACAGUUCAUGCUUAUGGCUCGAUGAACUUGCUACCAGGCCUUUGAUAAGUGCCACCUUCUGCUUCAGAGUCAGGGACUUCCAUGUGCAUUGUUCAGCCAUCAUGGCGCAAAGAACGAAACGAAACUGAGAUGCUCGGAAGAAUGCAGAGGAGGAGGAGUGACGUUGGGUGGAAAGGGGAGUGCUGUCUGCCUGCCACAGCUAGCGGCGCGUGACUCACUAGGACUGAAAGGCUUUGACGUUGACCUAGCCUUGGGGACUGAAGAAUGCUUGUUAUCAGCCGUAGGUACGCUGACCUGCCGGUGAUGGUAUUUCGAGGUAUCCGUACUCGGGCAAAAAAAAAAGCUUCGACUUCAAAGGGCCCAAAUAUGGGACAUGGAUCGGGACGCAAAAAAUAUACGAGAUAACCGAUAUUUCGAGAUAAGCGAGUUCAAGUUAACAAGGGUUUACUUAUAAUACAAAUCUUGAUUAUUACUGCCUACUCCUGCAGAGGUGACAAGAUGUAAUUAUGUAAGUAAGAAAACAAAUGUAAGUAAUUAUUUUCUUGACAGGCAUUGUGUGUGUACACUACCUCAUUCUUCCUCCAAGAUUGCUAUUAUCUCUUUUGUUAUUCAAAGGCCAUACCACUUUUUCCAUGUGAAAUAAAUUGUAGUGUACCAUA